UUAAAUUAUUAUCAAUACCAACUUUGUCAGCUUCAGCUGAACGUAAUUGGUCGCAGUUUGGAUUUAUUCAUAGCAAAUUGCGUGCUAGAUUAGGUAAUAAUAAAGUUAAAAAAUUAGUUGCUGUAUCUCAAAAUCUUAGAAUUCAAAAAAAUAUUGUAGAGGAUAGUUGGUUUGACGAAUUACAAUAA